AUGAUGCAUAGAUCGAAGUCUAAUCAGAUGCUUCAAGUCGAACAUCUUCAAGAACUCUACGAUCACUGGACUAAUUGCAAAUCAUUAAUUAACGAAAAGGAUAAUGCUGUUCUAUCCAUCUCCAAAAUUGAAACUGUGUUUUAUCAUGUCGGUAAAAUUAUACUGCUAGUUAUUGAUGAACACUUUUCUAAUACAGUUGAAAAAGAUAAAUUAGUCGAAGGUUCAUAUCUUGAAGCAUUAAUUAAAACUAAUAUUUUUGAAUUACUUCUCAUUUGGAUCGAAGGAAAUCCAACACCGAAAGACGAAAAAGCUAUCGGAAUUCGUGAUAUACUAAGACGAUAUUUAAUUACCGCUUUUGAUCAGUUGAUAACACAAUCAAAACAAAGUGUUUUACUACAUCGACCGAUUCUUCAACCUUUAUGCCAAUUUUUAUUCAAGCUAUCCUCACAAUUACGACCUAGUUACGAUCAAAUCUAUGGACGUUUAUUACAUGAAGUUUGCAUUUUGUUAUGUAGAAAUUUUCAAUUAUUAGAAUUUAGUAAGAAAAUUGCACAUCCUCAUGUUUGUGAUCAAUUAUUGCAUUUUAUUCACUCUGGCUUCUUGAUUCCUGUUUUAGGAUCUGCAUUACAUCAGAAUGCUAUGGAUGAAGUGAUAGCUGCUACAGCCUAUUUGGAAUUAUUUUUACGUCGUUUAACUGAACCGUUAAUGAUUAGAUUAUUUUUAAAAUUCAUUAUUACUGAAUCAUAUGAUUCAUAUCAUAUACUUACAUCAAUUAUGAAUCGACUUAAUGCAAGUGCUAUGUUGAUCACUGAUAAACGAUAUCAACUUGGAAUGGUCACUUUAUCCUUAUUUCGUACAAUAUUAAACUUUCAUUGUGAAGAUGUUAUGUAUGAGUUAAUAUUCAAGUAA